ACCUUCCACUACGUGUCUGAACAGCGAUUGAGCGCAACAAUAAGAUCCGGUUUAAUGGUUAAGAGGAGAUUAAUUACAUCUAAAUGCCGGGCAUUUUACAUCAUCGACAGACAAUACUUUGAGCUUGUUAAGCAAUUUUUUCUCGCCAUUUUCUCGCCAAACCGGUGUGCAGUAAGCUUACGAGAUGAACUCCCCGAGGCACGAAUGUUCUCUGUGUGGUCGCACGGAAUAUGAACUGAAAUGUCUUCCGUGUUCACAUAGCGUAUGUACUUAUUGUAUUCAAAUUGAAAACCGUGCGCAAACAUCCGUUCAAUGCCCAAUUGACGAACACGAAUACCCUCUGACGGACAACGGAAUCGAUAGCUUACCCACCAAGGGACUUCUAGUUGAGGUUUCAAGCAAUCACCGCCAUCAAGAUCAAUCGCAAAUCACGGAGAUGCAAGCACUCCUGACGUUUACACAAGAAUACAAGAAUGACUUGGCGACUGCCAUCCGAGACAUGGAACACGCCAUUCAUUCCUCAUUAACUCUGCAGGAGAGCAAAGUGAAACAUGAGAUUCGAAACACCGCCGAAGAGUUAGUUGAGUGCGUUCUUGCAAAAGAACAGGAGUUAUAUAAAGUAGUGGAUCGAGUCAUCGAGGCAGAGAAGCGAGAAAAACAGCAGGAAUUAGCUGAUUUUGCGUUGCAGGCCCAUCACAUCAUUCAAGUUGUACAGCGACACCAAAGCCAGUUUAAGCAAGGCAUUGAGAAUGCCUCGCUGCUGAAUCAGCUACAAGGGGAGCUCGCGGCGGUCAACGAUCGCAAGAACGCCCUAAUGGAGAAGAACCAAGAUUCUUCAACAAAAAUUUAGUUCGUGGUGAACGAAGCGUGCUUUGAAGAACCCAUCGGAAUGGUGGAAUGUAAAAGAGACAACAAAACAGGAAAUGGACGGCUCUAUCGGACCUCAUCGAAAACACGGCAACGAUUUCCAUCAAAGGGAGAGAAGAAGAAAAAGCCAGGGCACGUUAUUAGCACCAUUUCUCCACCAAGUCCCCUCACAGCAAAAUUUCGCCCAUGGGCGCUGUCUGUAAGCGAGAGCGGUCACAUUGCUGUCGUGGAUAGAGGUAAUAAUUGCAUUCACAUUUUUAACCCUAGAGGUGAAUUUUUACGUCACGUUGCUAAACCGUACGGAAACCAGAGCAACUCGUUGGAGGUGUAUGGCGUGACAUUCAUUUCACGCAACACAUUUGCAGUCGCGGAAUACUCGCCGUUGACCGGAAGUGGAUGUCUUCUGGAGAUGGCUAUUUCCGGAGAGCACUUGCGCGUCAUUGCAAAUCUCAAAGGACCGGCCUACGUCACUUCCUUUGAUUCCACUUCGAGUAGAAGUAAGAAAAUCGUUGCAGUGUACUACACAAACAGCUUGGAGGCGCCGGAAGUAUUAGGAGAUGAAAGCAAACUACCAUUAGGAAGUGAUAAGACCAGUGGAUUGUUCCACCCUCAAAAAGGCGUCGUCCUAAAGGACAAAUUCAUCUUUUCUGACAGUAAUGAAGUACAAAACCAAGGAUCUGUGAAAGUCUUCGAGGCAGAUGGCAAAUUUAUCGACGAGUUUGGAAAACAACCACUUUGGAACGAGGGAGGCCUGGGACAUCCCUUACGUAUUGCCGCUGACCCGUUGAACUGCGUGGUUCUAGUUUACCAACAGUCUUCAAGCAGAAUGAGGGUGUAUGACAUAACUCGCCCACGCCAUUCCGUGUCAGAGUUUGAUACGGUGUCUGGGCUUCUUGAUUUCACCGUCACACCUGAUGGAAGACUUUUAGCAACAUGCAGCAAGAACAGUGAAUAUCCAAAUUCAGUCAUUAUAUUAUCUUACAUUGAGAGACAAAAAUCCUAAAAUUAUUGCAAUUGUUUACUCUAUUAUUGGGGAUGAUUUAAAUUGGUUUGUUUUAUUUCAUUGCUUUGUCUUUCCAGAGCUCCGGAACGCGAAAGUGAUAAAGGAAAUCGAACGAACGCAAUCCGACGGAAAUUUGUAAAUUACAUUGUAAGUUUCGAGAUAUCGUGAACACCAAUAUUUCGUGUGAACAGGAGAUAAAGUAGGCGAUGGAGAUCGAUGUAGUCGAUCUAGUCCAGACCGUGCAUGAUUUCGUGGACCUAUGCUAGUUUAAAAAACACGUGCACGCCUCGACACGCAACCUUACUCGACACGCACGCCUCGACGCGCGUGUAUUUGGAAUAAAAUUGCUUCCACUUUCGAUACCUUUAAGUCAAAAAAAAAAAAUGCUUUAAUUUCAUUGCUCAUUGUUUUGCUUUGUUUUUUCG